AUGUCAUCUAAGAUUUUUAUAAUUUUUGUAAUAAUUGCCACGGCCAACAGUUUAAAUUAUGGCAGAGUAACAAGACAGUUUUCAAAUCCAGUAGCUAAAAAUCAAGCAGAUAAUUUUCGUCUAUCCUUUGGACGAAUUACGAAAGAUGCCGACUCGAGACAACAUCCCUAUAAUUUGUUUAAAAAUCGAGGAGAUUUUGUUAAAUUAGCAGAGCAAUAUAUUAAAAAUCAAAAACCUUAUAACUAUAAACAAUACAAGCCUUACAAUCCUCCGAAGAAAACUUUUAUUUACAACAAAGAUUAUGUUAAUAAAAUAUUGAAUUCACUUAAUUUGCUUCAACCAUUGAUAAAUGAAACAAUUAAAAAUGGAACUCAUGUUAUAAGUAGUACCACAGAAUCGAUUAUUGUAUCCAGUACGGAAAAUCCAACUUUAAUAUAUAAUGUCACCUUGGCUAAUGUGCAGUCCUCAACCACUGAGGGAAUAAACGUCGAAAAUAAUGAAAUGAAAACCACGGAAUCUUCUAUUAUGGAAACAACAGAAAGGUAUGGGAGUACAACACCCUACAGCAAUGAAGUAGUUGAAUCAACGGAAAAAAACGCCACAUUAUCGAUUGAUAACUCCACGAUUUUGCCUUUUGUUGAAGAGAUUACAACAGAAAAUAUUAAUUCACAGCCAGCUAAUACUGAGGGAGUUGAAGUAGCAACCGAAAUACCAAAUACCAGCACCACAACAAUUUCAGAAGAGACUACAGUAACCUCAACUCAAGUGGAUUUAGAAAGCAACACUACAAGUUCACCUAUUCUCGAAACGACUACAACCGAAGUAACAAUUGAUACACCAGUAGCAAUCGAAUUCGUUGAGGAAUCUACAACCGAAAGUAAUUCCAACUCAUUUUCAACUGAUGUAUAUGAAAUAACUACAACUACAAGUCCUAAGGUAUAUACAACGGAAAGGCAAACGGAUGAAUUAUCUACAGAACUAAUGGAAUCAACCACAAAUGCUCUCAUAACUGAUAUAGAUUCAACAACAGCAGCAAUAGAAUCACUUGAGGUUUCUACAACAGAAGAAAAUUUAAUUGUAUUUUCAACUGAGUCCAGUGAUCCAACAACUGAAAUAUAUGAAAGAACUACAAAUAUGAGUCCUGUGGAAUACACCACAGAAAGACAAACGGAUGAAUUCUCUACUGAACUAAUGGAAUCAACCACAAAUAUUCAUAUAACUGAUAUAGAUUCGACAACAGCAACAAUAGAGUCUCUUGAGGUAUCUACAACCGAAGGUAACUCGAUUUCAUUUUCAACUGAAUCCAGUGAUCUAACAACUGAUGUAUAUGAAAGAACUACAAAUAUGAGUCCUGAGGAAUACACCACAGAAAGUCAAGCUGGUAAAUUCACAACAGAACUAAUGGAAUCAACCACAAAUGUUCAUAUAACUGAUUCAACAAAAGCAACAACAGAAUCUCUUGAGUUUUCUACAACCGAAGGAAAUUCGAUUUCAUUUUCAACUGAAUCCCGUGAUCUAUCAACUGAAGUAUAUGAAGGAACUACAACUUCUUCAUGGGUAAUUGAAUCUACAACAGAUGAUACUGCCGAUUCCUUCACCACACCAUUAGUAGAUUCUAUUUAUCUGGCAACAACUGCAUUACCCGAGGAGACUACUACUGAAAUACCAAAACUAUUGGAAUCCACCACUCAAAAUGUCAUUGAUUUAUCAACCACUUCUCUAGCUAACACUCAAAGUGAAACCACCACUGAAGUAAUAACAGAGGCACAAUUGACAUUGGAAUCAACUACUGAAACUAUUGUGGAACUAGUUGAAUCAACUACAAAUAUAGAGGUUACUGAAGCGAUCCAAGAUACUACAACAGAAUUCUUCAAAGACCGAACAACUCAAUCAACAAUUGCAACAACGACUAUAAUUGCAGAAAUUUCAAAUAUCAACGAAACCUCUACAGAAUUUCCAAGAGAAACAUUAGGAGAAUUCACAACAAAUUUCAACGAAAUCAAAACAGAACUUCCUGGUUCUUCUAUAACAGCUAUGAGCCAAGAAAUGACAACACAAUCAUCACAUGAAACCACAACUUCCAAGUCAGAAUCUAAUGAAAUAGCGGAAUAUACCACACAAAUUGAACCAAACCAGAGUGAAACAACAGAAUUCAUUUCUAUAGAAACGACAACUGAACUUCCCAAUUCUUCUUCGGAAUUAAUACAUGAAACCACAACGGAAAUGUUUGAAAAGACAACUUCUAUGUCUAAAUCUGAAAUAGCAGAAUCUACUACACAAAUGGUUACAAACUCGAAUGAGUCAACAAUUGCCGAUUCUACUACACUCGCCACGAUCCAAGAAACAAUGGAAUUAUUACAUCAAACUGCAACGGAAAAAAAUGCAGAGACAACCGCCGUGCCAGAAAGUGAAAAAGAAGAAUCUACCACACAAAUGACAUUAAAUGAAACUGAGACUACUACAAAUGAGAACGAAACUACACAAUAUUUUGCUUCUACAACGGAAAGUUCUCUAGAAAAGGUUUACUCCACCAAUGAAAUAACUACAGAAUCAACCACAUCGCAUAACUCUACUAUGAUAACUAUUUCUGACUCUGAGAAAAUUGAAAAUAUGUCAACCAGAUCCUUGAUCGGUGAACUUUCAGAAACCAAUUCCGAUAUUCGCCAAAAGGAAAUAUCUAAUCGUAAAGCGAAGAAAUUUACAUAUGCUACUGAUGUGAUGCCAUCAUUGGGUGAUUAUGAAUUCAAUUAA